ACAAAUCAUGUUUUUUAAAACAUUUUUCUUUACUCUGUCGAAUGCUUGAAUUGAUUCACUCACAUCACCGCGCUGGUGAGACUGGUUAACAACAAAUGUCGAUAGCGCGCUUUUUUCACUAAAAUUCAACAUACGUAUUUUGUUUCUAAUGGCGUCCUUUUUUUACGCUUAGAUAUUGUUUACGCUCAGACAUUGUUUUACAACUUUUCCUACUUCUUUUUUUCCUACUUUUUUAUUUUUUAUGUAAUUCUAAACAUUGAUGGGAUCCUUAUCAAUUAUGUCAGCUACAUACAAAUCCCAAAUAUAUAUUUCUUUUACAGUUUUAAGCUACACAUGAACCUGACAACAAGGGGAAUGGCCUUUUUUAAUUGCCUGUGUUAGCUAGCUAGCUGCGUGAAGUAAAACAUUGAAACCGCACAAAAUUAUUUAAAACUAAAAGUAGGUAUAUAUACCUCCACUUUUAACAACGUCUCUAGAUAUAACUAAACGUUGUAUCAAAUAUACUCAUUUGGAAAGAAAAUCGCUAUCAUCAUGAUCACAAGAAGUCGGUGUUUAUUAUAUGCGAUCUUUUUCUUAACAAGUUGUUUAUCAACUUUUGACUGUGUUCCAUUUAAAGAUUCCAAAAGUCAAAGUGCUGACAUAUCCAGCAACAUUAAUGAUACAACAUCAGAUCUUGCAAAACUCAUUGGUUUGAUUCGAAGUGAAGUCAAUAUUACAAUCCAAGAGGAGUUAACAAAAAUCAUCCAAAGUGUCGUGACAAAUCUUCCUGCAGGUCAAUUUUGUCAAGCUGUUAGCAAAUGUAAUUCAAAUACUGCCAUCAAUGAAGAUUUGUACCUGAGAAGCCGACGAGACAUCGAUGCAAUUGGUGCUCCGUUUAAUCUUGAAAAAUUAUUAGCUGUGAUCAAAAGAUACGAAAACGUAGAUUCCAUCGACGAAGCAUUGAGAAACGUUAUUCAAAAGACCAUACUAAAACUAAGAGAGGAGCAUAUACGCAACGUGGCGAAAAAAUGCAAUUGCACAAGCCAGCCCGGACCAAUGGGACCAUCAGGCCCUCCAGGCCCACCAGGUAAGGGAGGAAAGAAAGGCUUUGGUUUGCUUACCCCAAAACUAACAGAUGUACAAAUCUAUCCGGUAGCCAAUGAGAGUGAUGAUAAAAUUCUAAAGUGUCAAUUCCUUGGAAAUCCAAUACCUUCUGUAAGAUGGGAGCACCACUUUGCAAACAUAAAUAUUACAAUGGAAAUUGAUCCCCACGAAUCGAUUAUUUCAUCAUAUUUGCACGUGAGAAACAUUACUUGGAAUGAUCACCGUAGCAACUUGACUUGCACUGCGCAAAACAUUAUUGGAAUUGCAAAUGCUUCUGGUUCACUUACAGUGCAUAUUCCACCCAUAAUACAUUUACCAAGCGACCGCAUCUAUGCAAAUCUUGGUACUAACUUCAAGUUUCCUGAAUGUAAGGUAACUUCUAAUCCACCGGCUACGAUAACAUGGAAACGAGGAUAUGGAAAUUUGCCCUUUGGACGACACGAGAAAAAUGGAACGUCUCUUGAAAUUUUUAACGUGCGUGAAGAAGAUACUGGUUAUUACGUUUGCGAAGCAGAAAAUUAUUUAGGCAAAUCAAAUCUAGGCAUACAGUUAAAGCCGAGACCUUUGCAGUUCGUAGAGAAACCACUUUCUAGUAUUAAGUCUGUCGCGUUGCAAGUUAUCCGAUGCUCUGCUUUGGGUACACCUGAGAACAUGUAUGGGAAGAUUGUUAAUCUUGAUAAGGGAAUGAAACUGCCAGUAGAAGAAUCAACAAACGGUACUUUGUUUACGCUGAAGGCAUACAUUGCAAGACCUGGAAAUUAUAAAUGUAUCAUUUGGGAUUUGACACAAAGUGUUGAGAGCAGCUUUAGAGUGAAAUUUAGUAAAUUGCCAUCUGUACUCUUGACAAAAAAGCAUUCGAAAAGUCUCAAAGUAUGGCUAAAAGAAGAGUCAGCGUUUGGCCAAUAUGUUUUGUGUUUUGAUGGAAAAAGGGACAAUUGGAACACUACCAAAUUUCACAAGCGUUGUGAUAACAAGCCACACACUGUCACAAUCCUUCGAACCAAACAUAAAAAGACGUUUGGAGCAUAUUCUGAUAUACCCUGGAGUCCAUCUUCAACUUCCCGCACAAGUUCAAAGGCGUUUGUUUUUUCGUUUUAUCUCGGCAAGCGAAAACUUUUGAUUAAAAGUGGAUCUCAAGCAGUAUGUUAUUCCAGCAGCAAUGGGCCCUGUUUUGGACAGCAUGAAGUGAAAGUGGGAAAUUUUCUUUUUCUUUAUAAUUACGAACACCAAAAUGAAGUGAAGAAUAGGUUCAGAACCAGUUUGGGAAAGAGUUUCCCCUAUGGAUAUGUUCCUACUUCUGACUUUCUGGAUAAUAUGCAAGUGUUUUACAGACAAAAAUUUUAAGGACAUUCUUUGUUUUGUUGUAAUUAUAAAAUAUUUUUAUAGAAAAUAUGUAAAACGACGUAAGCGAAUAAAAUAAAAGAGAAGAAGACAAAA